ACUGAUAGACGGCACUGACUGGCAUCACUGCUGGGCACUGACUGGCAGCAAUGACUGGCACAACCGCUGGGCACUCACUGGUGGCACUGACUGGCAGCACUGCUGGGCUGCACUGGUGGGUGGCACUGGUGGGUGGGCACAGGUGGGUGGCACUGGUGGGUGCACUGCUGGGCACAGGUGGGCGGAACUUGCGCGUGGCACUGCUGGGCACCGAUCAUCAGGGCACUGAUCAUCAGUGCCCUGAUGAUCGGUGCCGAUCCCCGCUCUGACAACUGCCGGUUCUCGGCAGUACUUUCCUCACGAUCUGACAGCGUGAGGAAAGUGCAGCCGAGAACCGGCACUUGCAU